GUCUUCCGUGACUCUCAUUUGCAUUACGACAUUAUACCACUGAUAUUAUAUGAUAGUUUGGCUUUCAAUCCUUUUCUUAAUCUUUGGUCGUCGGUCAGUUUAAUAUUUGUACAAAAAAAAAGGGCACCGUGCCAUUGUUGAAAAUUGACCCCCGGGAAAGAAAACUGAGGAAGGUGACGGGAAAAGAGAGAAUGUUGUAUGAAAUUUCAAAGCAAUACACUACUUAAAGACUUCAUAAUUUCUUUCUAGCUUAUUUCAUCUCUGAUCCCUUUCUUCGUAUCUGUCUCUCUGUUUUCCCUCCAUAGCAAUGGAGUUUACUAGUUUCUGCCUUCAAAGCCUGUUAUUUCUCAUGUUUCCAUGUUUCUUCUUCUUCUUCAUUGGAUACCUUUCUGUCCCUGUUGCCGCUUACACCCCCAUCGAGAACAUCACAAUCGACUGUGGUUCUUCUGGCGGUCAAUCUAUCGAUCGCCGUCUUUGGGACGGAGAUGUCAACGGAAAAUUCACCCCUUCAGAGCAACAAAGCAAUAACAACAAAUCAUCCAUGCCUUCAACAGCACCUAUACAGAACUCGGUUGAGCAGGUCCCGUACAUCACAGCCCGUCUUUCUCGCUCUGAAUUCACCUACUCCAUUCCCUUAACCGCCGGUCAAAAGUUCAUUCGCCUCUACUUCUACCCGACAACAUAUCCAGGCUUUGACGACCCUUAUAAAGCUUUCUUCUCUGUCAAAGCAGGUCCCUAUACCCUUCUCAAGAAUUUCAGUGCUUUACUCCAUGCACAACGCCAAGUUACUCUGAUCAAAGAAUUUUGUGUAAACGUGGAUGGAAGUCAAAGGCUAAACUUAACCUUCACCCCAAGUCCUGAUAUCUCUGAUUCUUUUGCUUUUAUCAAUGGAAUUGAAGUUGUUUCCAUGCCCACCAAUCUAUAUUAUACAGCAGGUAGUGAAGAUGAGGUGCCUUUUCUAGGCCAGGCUGAAGGACGCUCCUACUUCCUAGAAAACAACACUGCCCUUGAGAGAGUGUACCGACUCAACGUCGGUGGGAGCCAAAUCUCUCCGGGAGAUGACACUGGAAUGUUCCGGAGCUGGUCAAGUGACGACGACUAUUUGACAAUAGCGAAUCCAAGCGCUCUUCCCGUUAAUAACACUGUUAAUCUCACCUUUAGCACUAUAUCAUCAUUCUCGGCUCCGAAGAAUGUUUAUGUCACUGCCAGAACCAUGGGACAGAACAAGACUGAGAAUGAUAAGUACAAUCUGACAUGGGAGUUUCCCGUUGAUUCUGGGUUCAGUUACUAUGUAAGGUUACAUUUCUGCGAGUUCCAGAUAGAGAUAACGAAAGAAGGUGACAGAGUCUUUGAGAUCUUCUUGGCUAAUUUAACAGCAGAAACUCAAGCAGAUGUUAUAACCUGGAGUACCGGGAAUGGGUUUCCAGUGUAUAGGGAUUAUGUUGUGACAAUAGGAAGAAACGGAAAUCAAAAGCAACAAAAUCUCUCAGUUGCUUUGCAUCCUGCCCCGGCAUGGAGGACUCUUUACUCUGAUGCCAUCUUGAAUGGGCUAGAAAUCUUCAAAUUGAGCAAUGGUGUUGAUCUUUCCGGACCUAAUCCGGAUCCCAUCCCGUUAAGCCCUCCAGGGAAUUCACCACCGGCACCAACCAAGUCCAACAAUACCAGCAAAACAAUAAUUGGUAUCGUGGUUGGUGUAAUUGCGGGCUUGGUUGUUCUCUCUCUCAUUUGUUUCUUGAUUUUCCGGCGAAAGAGGAGAGUCAAAGAUUCAGGUUCCAAUGACGGAGCUUCAUGGUGGAGCCAAUUUUCCUUUACAACGAAAACCACCAAAUCAACAAAGUCAACCAAGUCCCGUGGCUCAUCUCUACCCUCCGAUCUCUGUCGCUACUUUUCCCUGGCUGAGAUCAAAGGGGCAACCAACAACUUCGACAGUGUUUUCAUUAUCGGGGUUGGCGGUUUCGGUAAUGUAUACAAAGGGUUCAUCGAUGGUGGGGCUACCCCUGUUGCAAUCAAACGGUUGAAUCCCGAGUCUCAACAAGGGGCUCACGAGUUCAAGACCGAGAUCGAGAUGCUCUCGCAGCUACGCCACCUCCAUUUGGUGUCGUUAAUCGGAUACUGCAACGACGAAGGCGAGAUGAUACUUGUGUACGAUUACAUGGCUCAUGGUACACUUCGUGAUCAUCUUUACAACACCGAAAACGCUCCUCUCGCAUGGAAACAACGUCUACAGAUUUGUAUUGGUGCCGCUCGUGGGUUGCAUUACCUUCACUCGGGUGCAAAACACAUCAUCAUUCAUCGAGACGUGAAGACAACGAACAUCUUGUUGGAUGAGAAGUGGGUGGCUAAAGUUUCGGAUUUUGGGUUGUCUAGAAUAGGCCCUACCAACAUGUCCAAGGCACAUGUUAGCACAGUGGUGAAAGGUAGCUUUGGGUAUUUAGACCCGGAGUAUUAUCGUCGUCAACAAUUGACGGAAAAAUCUGACGUAUAUUCAUUUGGUGUGGUACUAUGUGAAAUACUAUGUGCGAGGCCCCCAAUUAGUCGAACGGUCGAGAAGGCACAGAUAAGCUUAGCAGCAUGGGCUCAACAAUGCCAUCGAAGAGGAACUCUUUACAAAAUCAUUGAUCCAUUUUUGAGGGGUAAGAUUGCACCCGAGUGUCUGAAAAAAUUCGCUGAAGUGACAAUGAGUUGUUUGCUGGACGAAGGAAUUGAAAGGCCAUCGAUGGGCGAUGUGGUGUGGGGACUUGAGUUCGCACUACAACUGCAAGAAAGUGGUGAGGCCAAGCUUAAAUCUGUUAAUGGUGGGGCUGCCACUGAAGCAGACAUUGAUGAGGAGGCCCCCUUUAAAAGCCAAAGCCUUGAAUUGGAAGAUGACAGUGGGGACGUUUUCAGUAGCCUCGGCGAUCAUGUCCUCAACUCCAAGAGCACUAGCACUUUCAGUUUGACGACAAGUGAUGAUCAAAGUUUUGCCAGCAAGGAUUCCGGCAGACUCUUGUCUAAGGCAGUAUUUUCUGAGAUUAGAAAUCCGGAAGGACGAUGAUCAAUCAUGUGAUCUGUUGAUAGAGUAGCAGAUUGUUAGUUUGCAAGUCAAAACCAUGGCAACUUCAACUAUGAAAAAAGAAUACCCUUGAAGCUGGUAGUGAUGACCAAGUAAAUGGUCGUAUUUAAAUAUUUGUAUGGUAGCUUCCUUAAAUAUAUUAGAUUUUAAGUUAGGUAUGAUGUACCUCAUAUGAAUUACUUAAUGCCUUUGACCAGCUUUUAUCAUUUAAUAA